AUGGAGAAGAUCAUUAAGAAGGCCUUGGUGCAGUUCCUCGAGCAGCACCAUCUCCUUUCUGAUGCCCAACAUGACUUUCGAAGUGGUAGGUCCUGCCUCACGAAUCUGCUCUUUACGCUCGAACGCUGGACCAAAGCACGUGAUGAAGGCAAGGUGGUGCACGUCAUCUACAUCGACUUCAAAAAGGCUUUCGACAGCGUUCCUCAUCAGCGUCUCUUGUACAAACUGCGCAACGCUGGAAUUCGUGGACGCCUUCUUGUAUGGAUCCAGAGCUUUUUGGCUGGACGGUCCCAGAGAGUGCAGGUCGGGCGUCAACAGUCCUCUGAUGUAAGAGUGGUGAAUGGCGUCCCACAGGGCUCAGUCUUAGGUCCCACGUUAUUCCUCGUUUUCGUAAAUGACUGCGUCAAGGACCUAGACUGUGAUGCCAUCCUGUUUGCCGACGACAUAAAAUUGUGGAAAGUUAUUCACGAUGCGGCAGACGCAGACCACCUGAGAGCAAACUUGAACAGGCUCGAAGACUGGUCGAAGCGCUGGCUUAUGCCAUUCAAUAUAAGCAAGUGUAACUUUCUUCAACUCGGCGGCUUUAGAGCCCCCAGCCGCAGGACCUACUUUCUAAACGGCACAUCACUGCAACAGGUUGACAGUCAGAAGGACCUGGGUGUAUGGAUUACAUCUUCACUCAAACCAACACUGCACUGCGCGAAGGCGGCUAAAUCGGCUACGGCUACAUUGCAACUCAUUAGGCGAGCAUUUAUAGGAUUUGACCCUGACUGCUUUUCCAAAAUAUUUGGCACCUUCGUGCGACCUCAUCUAGAAUACGCCAUACAGACGUGGAGACCCUGGACUGCCAAGGAUUAUACCGUCUUGGAGAAGGUCCAGAGACGGGCGACCAAAAUGACACAAGGUGUGGGAGCACUGCCCUAUGAAACCAGACUGUCAAUCCUCAACCUGUUUCCCCUUUCCUACAGGCAAUUACGUGGUGACCUUAUAUUAACAUUUCGCAUCAUCAACGGCCUAGACUGUUGUUUAGAUCCCACUGAUUAUUUCACCCAAGCUAACACACUCAAUUUGCGCGGUCAUCCCCUAAAACUACGCGCAGGGAAAUCAAGAACCAAUGAACGAAAGUCCUUUUUCAGUAACAGAGUGGUUGCAGCCUGGAAUGCCCUACCUACCGAUGUUGUAACCUCCUCCUGUGUGAACUCCUUCAAGUGUAGACUUGAACUGCAUCAAGCUUCCCAAUUACCACCCCUACAUCCACUCACAUAA